AUGAGAAGGAUAAUCAUUGGCUCGACAUUUCUACUGCGUAGUAAACGGCAAAUUGAUGUCUUUACGAUCUUGCCUAUCUGGUUAUCACUUUUAGACCUUGAGGAUAAGGACCAAAGAAAAAGACUCUUUACCUUUAUAGUCAAGGACUUGACAAACUUUCACAGGCGUUUUAAGGAUCAGCAAACGAUAAAAUCCAUCAAGAAAUUGCUCUAUGACAAAAUCAUGCAUGGAAGUACUAACGUCAGGAUCCUCACCUGCUGUAUAGCUGUGGAACUCUAUAAGAGGAACAUUUGGAAGGACCCUGUCACCGCAAACAUCCUUGCAAACUGUGCCCUCUCAAAAGAUGCCAAACUUGUCAUGGCAGCCACUCACUUUCUCCUCGGUACCAAGAACCAUUACGAUGUGACAUUUGCUGCUGAGACCAAGGAAGAGAAUGUGGAUACGAGUACAAAGAUUGUCCAAGCAGCGUGUUUACAGAUUUAUUCUCCACAUGAUUUUGCGGAAAAGCUCUUGCAGAGAUGUAUGGAUGCAUCGUUUUCACACAAACUUACAAUGUUGAAUCUGAUCUCCAGGUUAAUCAGCACGCAUUCGCUCCUCCUGCCAAACUUUUACAUGUACCUGCUAAAGUACAUGAACCCAAAGCAAAAAUUGGUUACAAAAGUCCUCGCCAUAGCCGCUCAAGCUGUGCAUGUGGAAGUGCCUAUUGAUGUACUGGAGCCACUAGUCAGACAUCUCAUGCAAAACUUUGUCGCGGAAGAUAGAGGAGAUGAUGUCAUUACAGUUGGAAUUAAUGUGAUCCGUGAGAUUGCUGUGAGGUCUCCAAAGGUUCUGGACAAGGAUACAAUUGCUCAAGUCGCCGAAUUUAGGAGAUACAAGUCUAAAAAUGUCACAAUGGCCACAAAGGCGCUCAUUAACUUGUAUCGCACCGCAGCACCCGAACUGCUACAUCCUAAUCUAAGGGGAAGAGAAGCCGGCACCAAACUCUCCAAGGAAAAGAAGAGGAAACGUGAAGAAGGCGGUGCAGAGACAGAUGAUGAUACCUAUGAAGAGGAUCCAGAAGUUGAAGACGAGGAUGAUGAAAAGAAUGAAGACUAUGAAAGUGGUGAGGAAACAGAGGAAGAUGAUGCUAGUGACGAUGAGGAAGAAUUUGAACUCGAUGGCUACGAGUUAGAUGUCGAUGGAAAAGACACUAGUGAUGGCCAAGAGGAUGAAAAUGAGGGAAAGGAAAAUGAAAGUUCCAGCGAUGAAGAAUCUGACGCUCCUCUUGGCGUAAUCGACCCAAACAGUCUAAAGUUUGGAACAAAGGCUAAAUAUUCUGCAUCCGAAAAGAGGUCUCAGAGCAUUAAAAAUCGCAUGGAAAAGAAACUUGCACGAAAGGUGGCCAGGAGCUCGGCAGGAAAGAAACAGAGUACAACCAACAAGGUAAAGGCGCGUAAUAAACCGGCACUAAUGGCACUCCAAAGUAGACGAGUAAAGAAUAAACAGGCACAGAGUCUACAAGAUAAAAUGAUGACGCUGAAAAAACACAUUAAAGGUCUAAAGAAGGGAAAUGCUAAAAAGAAAAAGAGAAGAUUCUAG